AUGACUUAUUCAUCUAAAGACGAAUCCCAUUCGACUAACAUCAAUCGUUUAUCUUUUACUGCAGAAUGGUAUCAAGAAGAAGCCGGAAUUGUUCGUUUAUUUUUAAUAUAUUUUUAUCCAAGUGAUCAAUCUCUGGAAGUGUUUGAACACAAAUCCAAGAAGACUUUUCUACGACGAACUCGAAUGCCAGAAAUAACUGUGAAGGAUUUCUUUAUUGGUUCGAAUAUUUGUGUUUUUGGCAGACAAUUCGAUAUUGUUGGUUUUGGUGAUGAAAUGACAAAGAAUAGUUUGGCCAAAUUUCGAACUAGAACAUUUAUGUUAUUGAAACCUUCAAUCACUCACCAAUUGGGAGUAAUCUUGACAUAUAUUUUGGAAAGUGAUGCUCGUAUUAGUGAAGGUAUGAUGGUAAAAUUUACACCAGACACUGCUCGAGCUUUUGUGGGCGAUGAAAAUAGGGGAGACGAUAGUAGAAUAACACUUAUGAAUGACCUUCUGACAGGACAAUCUGUAGGAUUUGUAGUAAUUGCUGAUAAUAUUCUAAAUCAAUUGAAAGCUUGCCAAGAUCAGUCAAAGGAAUCUUUCAAUUCAGAUGUUUAUCCAUCGUUGAGGAAAUUAUUUGAAGAAGAAAACUUUCGACGAGGAAUUUAUUGUUCACCAACAGAGGCCGAUGCAAAUAGAGAUAUAGGAUUUUUCUUCAAUCAAAUGAAUGUUUCGAGUUUAGAAAUUUCAUUACAAAAUACAACACUUGCUGUGAUAAAACCGCAUGCUAUAAAAGAAGCUAAUUUGGGACACAUCAUUUCUGAAAUUGUAAAUCGAGGAUUCAAAAUAAAUGUUUUAAAAAUGCAAAUUUUAGAACGUGUUAACUGUGAAGAAUUUUAUGAAGUUUAUCGAGGGAUAUUACCUGAAUACAUUCCAAUGGUAGCCGAAUUGGCUAGUGGAGUUUGUAUGGCACUAGAAAUUGGCAGCAAAGAUGAAUCUCUAGAUACAUAUAAGGAAUUUCGAGAAUUUUGUGGACCAAUGGAUCCAGAAGUGGCCAAACUUCUUCGUCCAAAUUCACUUCGAGCUAAAUUUGGAACAAGCAAAGUAAAAAAUGCAAUCCACUGUACCGAUCUCAAAGAAGACACCGUCUUAGAAAUUCAAUAUUUUUUCAAAAUUCUAACUGAAUCAUAAUUCGUAACUUUUAUCUCUUAACAAAUAAUAAUAAAAAUUAAAAAAAAAAAUACAACAUCCGUCCUUAAAUCAAUUCACAAAAAAAACAAAUUGUU